AUGACUUUAAUUUUCUUCCUUCUCUUCGUCGCUACCACAACCAAAGUUCAUGCAAGAACCCUCCUGGGUGAACUUGUUGCUCUCGAUGAUAGCAAGCUCUUUGGGGAUGACGGUGGCGGCGGCCAUGGCUUUGGUGUUGGAGUUAGUCGACAUGGGUCUGACAUCAACAUUGGUAUUGGUGGAGGUGCUGGUGGAGGCAUUGGGAGCAAAAGAGGUGGUGGUUUGAGUACCGGAGGAGGGGUUGGCGUCGGAGUUGCGAUAGACGCGAGCAGGCAUGGUGUUGAUGUUGGCAUUGGAGUGGGUGGCGCGGGCGCAGUGGGGGCGGAGAAUGUGGGUGUGGGUCUUGGUGAGGGGUUUGGAAGUGCUAAUGGUGGCAAGGGAGGUGGAAGUGGUGGGGGCGGCGGGUCAAUCGGUGGCAAUGACCUUGAUUGA